UACAAUACAAUAAACAUCAAUCAAUAAACAUAACACUCGCGAGUCGAUAUGCUACCGGCGUACACCAUGUAAUUCAACACUCGGCAGCAUUUUUCCACGAGAUGGAAACCGAGUUGUGCUCGUAUCUGCUCGCUCUCGAAGAACGCGCUUGGAAGGACAAACGGAUCAAAUUGCAGUGCGUCUCGAGAGGCAUAGUCGACGACCUUAUCAGUUUGGCUGGAGAAGUCGAUGCUGCAGAUGUUGCAGACAGUGGACAUUUGCAUGUGCAACAUGUGGCAGCUGGUGCCAGCUGCACGAUGGAAUGUAGCAUUGUGUCGUGUCUUGCUGCGUUGGCUGAUGGGGAGGUGGACGUGAGAGAUGCUAUUGUGCGGAAGGGAGCUGUUGAAAGGAUGCUGGAUAUUUUGUUCAGAUGUAAUACGAAACAAUCGAAACUGUUGGAACGAUCUCUGUUGGUAUUAAGGAAACUGACGUGCAGUCCAAAGUCUUUCUCAACGUUUACUAAACGUAGAGGUGCGAUCUCAAAGCUACUCUGGUUAUGCCAACAUUCUACAACAACUACGUUUCAAUCUGCAUUUACUGUGUUUCACCGAGUGACGGCUGAUCGCCAGCUGGUUGGCUGUGUUGUGGCUAACGAACACGUGCAUCCUAGCCAAUGUGUGUAUAGCCUGGAUUUGUAUGACACGACUGGCGAUGAGGAUGUCUCUGUGCGUGAAGUUCUCAUGAAGUCGGGAUAUUUUAGCGAACGUUGUGAAGGAAGAAAGUCGUGUAAAGAUGGGGUGGGCGUGUACUGGGUGUGUGUGAUGGUUGACAGUCAACUUGGCAAAGAGAUGAAGUUUACAGCGAAACUGAAACGGAUAGAAAAUGUAGGAAGUGAGAGGAUUUUGCUGCCGGUGAAUGGAGGAAAGAGCGUUGUCUGUCGUCUACACGGGCUUCAGUUGUCGAACGUGCAUCUGAUUGUGGAACAUGCAGUUGAAAUACUUCGAAACGUUACGAAAUUAAGGGGUGACAUAAGACAGAGUGUAAUAGAGUCGGAUGGCGUGAAAACCAUGUUAAAGUUGUUGGACAGACGUGUCAACCGUUUAUCGAGUGCGUGUUUAGUGGCUGCUCUAGCCGUCAUUAGUAAUCUGGCUCUCGAUCACAUGUGGAGACAGAGAAUUGGGAAUGACGCAUUGGGACCACUUCUCGACGUGCUGGUUGGUUGCAAGGAUGCACAUGUGGUGAACGGCAUCUUGCGCUGUCUCCAAAAUCUGCUGCGUGACUGUUUGGUCAACAGAAUGAAAAUCCUCAGCAGCAGCAACCGGAGACUUGCUAUCAUUGAUGCUGCUAGGCGUUUCUCUUCACGAGAAGUCAGAGAAAGGGUUGUGCAAGUAGUGAAGAACUUGAGUGUUGACAUGGAUGAAACGAGUUGUGGGAGAUAUGCAGAAGCUUUGGCAGAGGAGUUCAGGAUGGCACGGCGUGGUAAAUGUCGCGGUUAUGGCCCUGGUGAGUGGAUUUCUUAUCCAACUACUGGCAUCUUGUCGUUUUCUGACAUGCAGAAGACAAGUACAGACGACGACAGUCAACAAAGCUCAUCUGUCAAUUGUGUAAGUUAG